GUUCAAUGUUUUCUCCCAGUGACAGAUGCUGCGAGAGCUUAUGAAAAGAAAAGUUGUGUUAGUGAAACAUACUAAAUAAAAGGUGGGUAUGAAUUAAUUUGAUUUAAAAUGGCACAAAGUACUACCAGUGGAACUUCAUCUCGACGACAUGCUAGGGAUCAUGAUACCGCUUCGAUUACUUCUUCAAGAAUCGCAGAUAUUGCUGAGUGGGAGGCAAAUGAGGCUUUACGGCAAAGAGAACUGGAAGAGGCCAAAGGGAGGGCUGCCCAAAUGGAAAAAACCAUGAGGUGGUGGUCCGACUGCACGGCAAAUUGGAGAGAAAAGUGGAGCAAGGUUCGUAACGAGAGAAACAAAGCUAGAGACGAGUGUAAACAGCUGCGCACAAAACUAGAAACAGCUCUUAAAGAGACAAGUACAAAUAAACGCGAGAAAGAGGAACUUGAAAUACAAAACGACCAACUGAAAAGGGAGAUAGAACGAAUCCAUAUCCUGCUGUUGAAACAUGCCGGUCAAUUUGAUAGUCAGAUACUGGAGGCGUUGAGUGAGGAUCCGUUGAAGGAAUUCGUUUUUAGCAAUGGGUCUCCCAUUAAGGAAAGGGAAAACGGAGUGUCCUCUUCUCAGUCCAAUCCCGAAUGUGAUAGUACAGCGAUACACGAUCUAGAAAGUUGUGCUAUAGAGGAGUACGUCUUACAGGGAGCCGUUCCUAGACAGGUUAAGGAGCCUGAUAAAAAAGUUGGUAGUACCUUUGAACAAAUUAAUGGUAUUGAAAAAUCUACCAGUGACAGGGGGGAGUACGAUGAGGAAUAUGUUAUCCAGAAAUUAUCAAUGCUACAGUUGAGGCUGGAGGAGGCGACCAAAACACUGCAGAUUGAAAGAGAGGAGAAGUCUCUUUUACAUCGUAACAUUGAGAGAUUGACCAGCGAACUGCAGGAAGCGAAAGACAAGUGUGAUGAAUUACGUGAAACGCGGCAAGAUGCAAUGAGGGAGUUACUGUUGCUCCAGGAUGAGCAUCAGAAGGAAUUGGAAUUGAUAAAAGCCGAUUUACAAGAGGAGGCGAAUUCUAGGGAAGGAAUGGACAAGAGACUUAAUGACCUGAGGACAGAAUUGGAAAGAUUGCAAGCCGAGAAUGCCGCGGAAUGGGGAAAACGGGAACGUUUAGAAACGGAGAAGUUGGCUUUGGAAAGGGACAACAAGAAACUCAGGAGCGAGCUGAGAGACAUGCAGGAGAGGCUGGAACGUAAAGGUCGACCUUUAACGAAUUCCGAUGCCGAAAUCAGACAUUUGCAGCAGGAACUGAGCGAUAAAAACAAGGAAAUCUCGGACCUAAAGCAUUCUCACAACAAACUGAAGAAGAUGGUACAGGACAAAGUAACCGAACUGGCUCAUGCCGUUCGCAGAGCCGAGCAGUAUGAAGCCGAGGUGAAGAAACUCAGGAGCAGGGUGGAGGAAUUGAAGAGGGAUUUGGCUGUGGCUGAGGACGAACUUGAUACGGCUACUAACAACAUCAGGAGACUACAGAGGUCCAACGACGAGCUACAGGAGCAGGUGGACAAUUUUCAGGUGCAGCUGCAACACCUGCACACAAGAUUACGUAACUGUAGCUCUUCAAGUUUGCUUUCUCACCGUGGAACAUUGUUACAAGAUGGUAGUGAUGAUGAUGUAAAUGAAGUUCUGUAAUUAGUAUAUAUAAGUACUAAACGUUUAACCUUCUAACUGUGUUCAUUUUAUUUAUUCUAUUUUUCUAUUU